GUUAAGGCUUGAGCUGUUGCUGCUCUCUUUUUUUUUCCUUUCCAGUUCCCCUUCACCUGCAACUCUGUUAUUACCAGUACCUCUUAUCUACAUAAAGGCAGUACACUGGCAGGCAGGGCAGCACAUUCCAAGCUGGUUGAGUUUUGCUUGCAACAGCACAGCUGGGUGCUCACCUUUAAUUAGGAAUUUAGGAAGGCUGUCAGCUCCAACUCUAGCUCUGAACCCCCAAUCAUAAAACCAUCCCCUUCGCUGCAGGUUUCUCUGUCCUGUCCUGCCAUCAUUCCUGCCUCCUGCUCUCUCUCUCUCCCUACUCUUCUCUUCUCUCCUUUCCUCUUGAGAGGAAAGGGAGAGAGGAGGAGGAGGAGCAAUCAGCCAAGAAUCUUCUUCUUCUUCUUCUUCUCCUGAUCUCUUCUUGUUCAUCACCAGGCAGAGCAUAUACUUCAUGGCUGCUGGACAAGGCCCCGUGGUGCCCAAGUUCGGAUCAUGGGACGCCGAGAACAUCGGCUACACCGUCUUCUUCGACAAGGUGCGCGAGAACAAGACCGCGCCCACGCCGGCGCCGGCGCCGGCGCCCAAGGCGGCGGCGCACGACGGCUACGAGUUCGACCCCUACGAGCACUACGAGAACCUGAGCAGGAACGUCCCGUCGCGCCCGCCCAGCUCGCACCACCACCGGCAGGCGCCGCCGCCGCAGCAGCAGCAGCACCACUACCCGGCGUCGCAGCGCAGCGGCGGCAAUGGGUACCACCGGAGGACCGGCAGCAACGGCAGCAGCGCGGCGUCGGAGGCCAGCAGCCGCGGCAGCAAGUUCUCGCCUCCCAGGCCGUACCAGCCGCGGUACAGCAACAACGGCUACCCCGCGGCGCAGCAGGCCGCCGCCGGCGGCGGCGGCGGCUACGGCUACGGCUACGGCCCCGGCGCCGGCGCGUACGACGCUCCGCCCCAGAUGCAUCACCACCACCACCACCACCACCAACACGCCGCGCCGCCGAAGGUGGCCGCCUCACCGCCGCGCCACGCGCCGCCACCGCCGGUAAGCCGCGCGACGGCGAAGGCGCCGUCGGCCGUGCCCAAGUUCGGCGUGUGGGACGAGCAGAACGCGGCGGCGGCGGGGCAGGGCUUCACGGUGCAGUUCGAGAAGGUGAAGCGGCACCGGGAGGUGGCGAAGGCCGCCGCCGCCGCGCCGGACGUCACGCCGCGCAUGUCGCCGGAGCUGGCGGCGCCGGCGCGGCAUCAUCCCCGGAGAAAAGCCAAGAGGUCCUUCCUAUCAAAGGUGUACAGAUGCAUGUUUCCAAGGGUCAGGGAAUGAUGCAAGAAGCUGGAUUAAUGCUAAUCCAACUUAAUUAAUUAAUGUAAUACUUCCAAUCGUAUACUUAUUUUCGUUGUAAUUAAUUAAUUUGUUCGUUCUUGUUCUUUAUCACAAAAUAUGAUGAGCUUGGCACAUGUAUGUACCUGCCUAAUCUUUCCGCGGAAUUUUCAUUAUUAUUAUAGUUCAUAUAUAGUGAAAAUUUACAUGUAUUCCCCUUCGCAAUCUCGUCCUCUGGCUCAAACGAUCAUUUUGAAACGGGAAA